AACGACAAAAACGGCGCGAAUGCGUAAACAUUAAUUGCUCCCAAAUAUCAACGAAAGUUGUCUUAUAAAUAUACGAAAAGAUGUCUGAAAGCAAUGGAACAGUUGCGCGCUUGCCGUGGGUGGAGAAGUAUCGUCCCAACUGCUUGGAUGACUUAAUAUCGCACGAGGAAAUUAUAUCUACCAUCACACGCUUCAUCAAUCAGAAGCAGUUGCCACACUUGCUCUUCUAUGGGCCACCGGGCACGGGCAAGACGAGUACAAUUUUGGCCUGCGCCCGCCAACUCUACUCGUCGGCACACUUCAAGUCAAUGGUGCUGGAGCUAAAUGCCUCGGAUGAUCGCGGUAUUGGCAUCGUUCGCGGCCAGAUACUCAAUUUUGCCUCGACGCGUACCAUUUUCUGUGGCACCUUUAAGCUGAUCAUACUGGACGAAGCGGAUGCAAUGACCAACGAUGCACAGAAUGCCCUGCGUCGCAUCAUCGAAAAGUAUACGGAAAAUGUGCGUUUCUGCAUCAUUUGCAAUUAUUUGAGCAAAAUUAUUCCGGCUCUUCAAUCUCGAUGCACUCGCUUUCGAUUUGCGCCACUGUCAGCGGAACAGAUGCUGCCACGUCUCAAUCAGAUUGUACAGGAAGAGCAUGUCAACGUUACGGAUGAUGGCAAAAAUGCAUUGCUAACCUUGUCCAAGGGCGAUAUGCGAAAGGUUUUAAAUGUUUUACAGAGCACAUCGAUGGCUUUUGACAUUGUCAACGAGGAUAAUGUUUAUAUGUGUGUCGGUUAUCCGUUGAGGAGUGAAAUUGAGCAUAUGCUGCAAACAUUGCUCUCUGCAGCCACAUUUGAAUCGGCCUAUGACACAAUUGAAGAAGCGAAGACUAAGCGGGGUCUUGCCUUGGAGGAUAUUGUCACCGAGUUGCAUUUGUUUAUUAUGAGACUUGAAUUGCCCAUGUCGGUGAUGAAUAAAUUGAUUGUGAAACUGGCCCAAGUCGAGGAGCGAUUAUCAAAGGGCUGCACUGAAAAGGCCCAAACUGCAGCGCUGGUCUCUGCUUUCUUCAUAAGUCGAGACUUGGUUUCCCUGGAAAGCUAAAUAGCUGUCGAGCAGACUCUUCGAAAUAAUAUGUAUUAGCUAUUAAGAAGCCAUUAUAUGGAUUAUUACUGUUAAGCUAAAUAUACAAGAAACUGCCAACAAA